UCUUUAUGAAAUAUAUUACACUCACCUGAUAGUCUGUAGUAGCCUGCGGACAUGGUUAACUAUGGAUUGUUACAUUAUGUAGAUACAACUAUAAAGAUUUAAAGCUAAUAACGCUUUUUGUGCUUGUGUGAGAAUAUCACAGAAAAAUGACUCGCACAGUAUCAUCGGAUUUUUAAAAAUUAAUGAAACUGAAAAAACGGAAGAGUCUGUGCGCGCAGUGCGUGAAUAUGCCCGCCAAGGUCUCAAAGAAGGUCGUGGGCAUGAUCGUACGAAGCCGAAAAUUCAUUAUUAAGGAUGGGGUCAUUACGAGUUCCGGUAUUGGAGAGGCAAGUGUGUACCAUGCUCUGGUUGUAAUAUUUUUGGAAUUUUUUGCAUGGGGUUUAUUAACCAUGCCUGUUAUCUCUGUAUUAAAUAUCACAUUUCCAAAUCAUACGUUCCUGAUGAAUGGUUUGAUAAUGGGCAUUAAAGGAAUCUUAUCAUUUCUUUCUGCACCAUUAAUUGGUGCUUUAUCUGAUGUAUGGGGUCGAAAAUUCUUUUUACUCAUCACAGUAGCCUUCACAUGUGCGCCGAUUCCUCUAAUGAGCAUUAAUACAUGGUGGUUUUUUGCUAUGAUCUCCAUCAGUGGUGUCUUUGCUUGCACAUUUUCAGUGGUGUUUGCAUAUGUUGCUGAUGUUACUGAAGAGCAUCAAAGAUCUCCAGCAUAUGGUAUGGUAUCAGCAACUUUUGCUGCAAGUAUGGUAAUAAGUCCAGCAUUAGGAGAUUAUAUUAUGAAAGAAUAUGGAGAGAAUCUUGUGGUUGCAUUAGCAACUGCUAUUGCAGUGUUGGAUGUGUUUUUUAUAUUAGUGGCUGUACCUGAAAGUUUGCCUGAAAAAGCUCGUCCACCAGCACCUAUAUCUUGGGAGCAGGCAGAUCCCUUUGCUUAUCUUGGAAAGGUUGGCAAAGAUCAUACUAUUUUAAUGUUGUGUAUUACUGUGUUCCUGAGCUAUCUUCCUGAAGCAGGACAGUAUAGUUGUAUAUUUGUCUAUUUGACUAAAGUUAUGGGAUUUACUGCUUUAAUGGUAGCAAUUUUUAUUGCUGUGGUGGGAAUUUUAAGUGUCGGAGCUCAAAGUGUCUUGGGUCCUUUAAUAAGAACACUUGGCAGUAAACACACCAUAAUGUUAGGUCUUUUAUUUGAGAUGUUACAACUUAUGUGGUUUGGCUUCGGUUCACAAACAUGGAUGAUGUGGGCAGCUGGAGUACUUGCUGCAGUAUCAAGUAUUACAUAUCCUGCAAUUUCUGCAUUCAUAUCCAUGCAUUCUGAUGCAGACAAGCAGGGUUUAGUACAAGGCAUGGUAACUGGAAUGCGUGGAUUAUGUAAUGGUCUUGGGCCAGCAAUGUUUGGAGUAAUCUUUUAUCUCUUUCGCGUUGAUCUCAACGAUAAUUCUCCUUCUCUCCCUGCAAAACCAUCUCCAUUAGAGGAAAAUAAUAAAACAGGAACUGCCACGCAACAUCUUGAUAUUAUGCCACAGAUAGUAACCCAGCUUGUACCAGGACCACCAUUUGUGUUUGGUGCAUUACUUGUGAUAUGUGCAUUACUAGUAGCUGCAUUUAUACCAGAAUCAAAUACAAUGCCAACAGGUCCAUUACAUCAUCCAUCCACCUCCCGGAGGCCCUCCGGUAAAUACGCAUAUCAGAAAUGUUUAUCCUUGGAUGUACAUUAUGAAGGAGACAAAUUGGGAAGUGGGAAAGGAAAAAUAGGGCCGCUGUCACCUCUAGUCGACAAUUGCAACUCGGCUGCUCUAUAGCUAUUGUGAAAAUUAAAGAAAGAAAGAAAGAAAGAAAAAAGAAAAAAAGAAAAAAAAGAAAAAAAAGUACCUUCAUGAUGAAACUCUCUAUAGUUAGAGAAAUGGUUACUAUCAAGUGCACCUACUACACACAGACUUUAACAAAAAGAAAGCUGUCUAUAUUGUAUUAUAUUAUAUCUUUAAGUCAACAACUGAGAUUGAUAUUAGGAUUAUCAAUCCAUUUAAUGUUUAGGUUAUGAAAAGUUUUUACGAGCAGUGCUUGUUUUGAUGACAUUUAGGUUGAAUUGAACGUUACGUUCGAUAUUUUUUUAGGAAUUUUGUUAUAUAAAAAGUUGAAUUUUCACUUUUUCCAGAAGAAAGAAAUUGUAAUAUUAACUUGUACCAAGUGAAGCAUUGGAUAUCAUUUAUCAGUGACUCCUAGUUUGUGUAGUCGUCGAUGCGAUAAAAUGAAUGAAAGUUGUAAUCAGUAUUUUUAUUAGACUUAUAACAAAAAAAUUAUGUAACUUUUUAUGCAAAAAUCAUUUUUUAUCAUGUAUAAUAUUCAUCGCUUAUUAAGAUCACAUAAGAGGCAACAAGUUUUUUAAUUUAGACAAGAGCACUUGUUACUUUGAUCACAAGUAUCAUGAAUCUUCAGUUUAAAAUAUUUUCUAUAACAUUUUUGUGAUUUGGCAAACAAAAUAUUUAUUUGCGUUUUUUGUUUUAUUUUUUAUGCAUUCCUUUGUUUUAAAUAUAUUUUUGAUUUAAUGAGGAAAGAAAAGUGCAAUAGUUGCCGAAGAAAAUGUUAAAAAGACGUUGUAAAUGAAACUUUACAUAGCUGAAAUAGGAAAUAAGUUUCCAAUUGCAUAUAAUAUCUAGUAAGAGUUAGCUGAUGUUUGUAAAGUAUGUUAACUAUUUUCUUUGCAUAAAAUAUUUAUUUUAAUAAUUAGACAUCAACAGAAUGGCCUUAAUCAAAAAAAAAAAAAAAUAAAAAACAAUUUAUAUGAAAUUAUACUUUGCCAUUUGAGUGGUAAAUCUUGAUUGAUAAUGUUACAAACAUUAUUAAUUGAGUGCUUAAUGGCAUUCCUCAAAUGUUAAAAUAUGCAUGUUAUAAAUUGGAGUCAUUGAUGUUAACAAAAUACAAUAGCAUAGUAUAUUUGUGCAUUUUACUUGUACUUUAUAAAAAAAAAUUAGUAUCUGAAAAACUGUAUAUGCAUUGCCAUAGCCUAAAUAACUCUUUGAAUUUGAAAUCUGCCAAUGAAUUUUGAUUUUAAUUUAAAAUUUACACAUCAUUAUGAUUUUAUAACAUUGUAAGAUUUUGAAAUGAAUAUAGUUUCGUUAUUUAUAAUUUUUUUCAGUUAUGUAUACAGUUGCUAUCAUUUAUUAUGAAUUAAUUAACUGUAAAAGAGCAUGCUCAAAUCCCAUUGAAAAAAGAAUGACUAGUAGCAGAAAUUCUAUUCAAGAGUUGUAAUAUUAGAAAAUAGUAAGAAUUUAUGAAAUUAUGGUGCAAUGCGUGAGCAAAAAAUAAAAUUUUGUAUGAUCUCAUUUUUCUCCAAGAAUAAUAUUUUUUAAUCAGAAAAAAUGUAAAUAAAUUGCACUAUAAAAUUUUUUUUGUAAAAACUCAAAUAACUAAUCAAUUUGUAUGAAAUUUUCAAUUAAUACUAUUCCGUUUGGAAUCAAUUUUAGCAUUGAGAAAAUGCUAUGCAUAUCGAAGUAUAAUCUUCUUUUUAUAUCACUUAAGAUUAAUUGUGGAAUAAAAUUCCAUUAUAAUUGUACAAUAAAUACAAAUAUAUAUAAAAGAAUUAUUAGAAAUAUUGAGUCUGAUAAUAAAAAAAAUAUUCAAUAAAAAUUUUGAAAAUAUACAAUUAAUUAUUUACAUUAGAUUUCUUGGAGAAUAUAGAUACAACAUGCAAUAAUUUUAUAUUUCUGCUUGAUUUGAAAGAUAUUUAUUAAAAUUUGCUCUUACACACUGGAAUACAUUAACAUUAUUGUAAUAUAACAUUGCAAAAGAAACGAAAGAAUAAUAAUAUAAAAUAAAGUCCAGUUUAAGACUUAAUAACACCUCAAUAAUUGUAUAUGUACAAUGUAUGAUGGAUGCAUUAAUAAAAAUAAUUAUUUUUAAAAUAUAAGAAAA